UCGAACAUGUCAAAUGUUUCAAACGUUACGGACGAUUAUGAGUAUUAUUACGAAUAUGACUAUGAGGAUUCCAUUAACAAUAUACCUCUAGAUGAACUUAUUCCUACCAGCAUUACAUACUUUUUAACAUUGACACUCGGAGUCGUUGGUAACUCGUUAGUGAUAUUUUCAAUUUCCUACUACAAACGUAUGAGAAGUACGACCAAUGUGUUUUUGUUAAGUUUGUCUUGUGCUGAUUUGUUAGUAGUGUUGAUUUGUGUUCCGAUAAAGUUUGCUGCAUUUUUCAGUUUUACCUGGAACUUUGGUGCAUUUCUAUGUAAAUUUGUCCACUACAUGCAGAAUAUUUCUAUGAUAUGUUCAGUGACUACUCUCACAGCAAUGAGUAUUGAAAAAUUUAUUGCCAUCAAGUAUCCAUUACAAGCCAAAUCAGUGUGUACGAUGCGAAACACGCAAAUUGUCGUGUGUAUUUUGUGGGCACUGUCCUUUCUGAUGGCGAUUCCAAUUAUUUUUGGACGGAUUCACAAGGAGGUUGGCGUUGUAAGAAAAGGAUAUUGGUGCUUAUUAGAAUGGUCCAGUCACGUAUAUGCCAUAUCCUAUGAAUUUUAUAUGUUUUUCAUCUUAUUUCUAUUGCCUGUUGGUGUAAUGACGGUCACUUAUAUGUUUAUUUGUGUAGAAAUAUGGAGACUAUCUGCAGUUAGAGCUAGCAUGAGAACUGGAAGUAAAAGAGUUGUUAUCAUGCUGAUGGUCGUUGUUCUGCUAUUUACAGUGUGUUGGGGACCAAUUCUCUUUAACAACCUAUUGGUGGCUUUUGGUAUCCUCCCUGAACUACAUAUUGGGUACCACAGGCCAAUGCGUAUGGCCUUCUAUCUUCUUUCGUAUUUCAACAGUUGUGUUAACCCAAUUGUAUACGCAUUCCUUUCGCGCAACUUCCGUCAGAGUUUC